AAGUUUACACCGUUAAACUACGACAAUACGUUUGCCUAUGGAUGCCUGCAUGACAUACCCAUUCCAUUCUCAAGCAGGCCUGAUACAACAUUCACUCCUGAGGAAGAAAGAGAGGUUCUUAUGGAAAUUUUCAACAAAACAGAUGGUCGUAACUGGGAAAAUAAUAUGCAUUGGGGAAACUACUCAGUGUCUCACUGCCUUUGGUAUGGAAUUACGUGUGAACGUACAAGUCGCUACGUUAUCAGCAUCUUCUUGGAAAGCAACAAUUUAGCUGAAACAUUUCCAGGAAACCUUUGGAAGUUACGUAAUUUACAGGGAUUGUGCGUUGGUGGUAACGGUGAAUUGGAAGGAAGUGUCGGUGAGAUUCUCUCGAGAAAUAUGACAGCUUUACUAAGAGCUAGCCUCGCCUUCAACAAACUGUAUGGUCCUAUUCCUGGUGAGCUGUUAACACAGCUAAGGUCUAUUGUAAAAAUCCAGCUUUGCUGUCAAAUGGGGGAAGGUAUUUCUGGAAAAAUACCGGAGGACAUUGGAAACUUGACGGAACUGCAGGUUCUUAGCCUUGGGGAAAACAAAUUGCACGGCUUAAUACCGAAAAGUAUUGCAAAAUUGAAGAAGCUCUGGUUUCUAGAUUUGGAAACUGCAACUUAUCUACGUGGAGGCUUUGAAAACUUAUUCAACCUGUCAUCUUUACGCUUCAUGCAUCUUUCACUUUCUGGACUAAGGGGAGCGUUACCAAAAGAAUUUGGGUCAUAUUUUCCUGCAAUGAUCGAGUGUCUUUUACCAGGAAACCAUUUUUUUGGCCCAAUUCCUCAAUCUGUUGGCCAAAUGAAAAAUCUAGUGCAUCUAAACCUCGCCAAUAACAAUUUUUCAGGACAAAUUCCGAAAAGCGUUGGCGCAAUUCCCAGGCUUCAAAUUGCUGACCUCCGGGGAAAUAAAUUAACUUCACUGGAGGAAGGGUUCAACUUGAAAUCCCAAUCGCUUGAGGUGUUGAUUUUUGCUAGCAACAGAGGGCUCAAUGUCAGCUUUGGCACUUUCUUGGAAGCCAUAGAACCGGUUAAUCUCACGUUGCGUAUUCUUAAUAUCAGCGAGUGUCUCUUUCAUGGUGGCGUCACGGGCAAGUUAUGGAAAUUCCAAAACUUAAUUUCCGUUGAUUUGAGUGAGAACAGGUUAUCCGGACAACUCCCGUCACCCCCUGAUAAUAUGCUAUUUCUCCUUGAACUUGAUGUUUCCUCAAACAACAUAUCAGGCCAAAUUCCACAACAGUUCGCAAAGUUACUUGCUUUAGAAGUUCUUGACGUUUCAAAGAAUCCUCACAUGCGAAAGGAGGGAGAAAGUGGAGGGUUGCCAAACUAUAUGACGGUUGAUCUCACAACCUUAACGCAGCGAAAGCAAUCCGACAAUUUCAAAUGCCCCAACGCGCGUCUCAGUUACAAUAAUGGACUAGUCGUCUUGGAUCCCAACUACUACCUCUAUCGCCUAUGCAUUUGCGAUGUUGGAUAUUAUGGUUCAGGUAAAACAUGUUUACCUUGUAUGGAGAACGGAGAAUGUAAGGAUGAGAUGCUGCCUGCACAGUACAUGGUUAUGAAGGUGGGAUAUUGGCCAUCUUCUCGUGACCAGAACGUGACUCAUCUAGUGCAGUGCUCACAAGCAUUAGGGGUAGGUUCUCACGCAAACACAUCGUGCAACCCAACGGGAAUGUGCAAAUGUGGAGUUCAAUGGCUGAAACAGGGAAACAAGUCAAGUAUCGAACCAUCCACCUUCUGCACCAAAACAUGCCUCUGUAUUAAAGGAAGCAAAGACAGAUUCUGCUCGCUCUGUGAAGAUGGAUAUUACAAACAGGGAAUCCUUUGCUAUGCCUGCCCAAAAGCGAGGACUAGUGUGUACAUCUUGGUUGCUCUUGUUGUCUUAACCAUAGUGCUACUAACGCUUGCUUUUGUAGUUUUUUAUGAGAAGAAACGCUUUCUGACUAUUGUGUUUGUCUUCUCUCAGAUGAUCCUCUUUGCGGUUUUAGCCAUGCUUCGUAUCAUUCCCGGUUGGCUUUUUGGACUAAAUGUAAUCGCCCUUUUUGUUGGCUUGGCUGGAAGAGGAAAAACGGCACGUGGAAUAUUAAAGAUAAGCGUCUUUUAUUUCCAGACCUUAGACGCCUUGAUUUCCAACACCGAUGUUUGGCCGUACUAUGUUCUUGCAGCUCAACGAUAUAUCGGCAACGUGUUUAACCUCCGUUUCUCUGGUCUGGCUUGUGAGGUUCCAUCAUUGUUUACGCCACUGGGCGAGCUUCUGUUCCUUAUUCUCCUACCAGUGGUCUGUAUCUUGGUUAUCUGGCUUUAUUAUUGUCUCAGUUAUGCUGUACUCUGGUUUCGAAAUUCUCUUGACAGGCGAUUUAGUUUACGAAAUAGCUGUUUACAGCUUUCCAUCGUGUGCCUUAACCUUACUUACUUCCCAGUUGUCAAGAAAACGGCUUCUGUCCUGGCUCCAUGCGGAGAAGAUAACAACCACCAUUUCCUCCUUGAAGCACCAUGGCUAGAAUGCGAGGGUGGAGUUUACACCAUGUUACAAGUGUUUGGUUGGCUUGCUUUGGUACUGUAUGUGAUCGGAGUGCCUUUUGGAGUAUUCUUACCGCUUCUGUUGCGCAAGGCCAGCAACAGAGAAAAUCUUAAUGCGGUAGAAGACCAAGAAACCUUGGACAGUUGGCUAGGAUCCAUCUACCUUCCAUACAAGAAAAAAUUUCGCUCUUAUUUCGAGGUAUUAUUUCUUAUGCGGCGAAUGCUGAUUGCAUUCUCACUCUCCUUCAUUCCGCGGGCUUCACCAUUUCAGACAAUCGCAAUUUGUGUGGUGUUGUUAGCAUCCUUGUGCUUUCAGCUUCUCUUUAAGCCCUUCAGUGACUCGUACCAAAACUUGUCGUUGGAAAACUCAGCUGAAACAGUGGUUCUUUUAAGCCUUCAUUUCUCUUUCAUAAACAUCAGAUAUGCAGCCUUGAACCAGGAAUCUUCCGAGCCUAUUGUGUGGAUGCUUGUUGUGCUUAAUUUAGUUGUGAUAUGCGGCCUAGUUGUUUCCAUAAUUCUUCUACUU